AUGGAGGAGAAGGCGGGGGAUUUCAGGGUUCCUCUGAUCUCUUCCUUCUUCUGUCUUUGUGUAUUAACUGGUGGUGUUCUCCUCGUUCUCUAUAUUUUCGUGCCUAAUUACUCUACGCCAUGGUUUCCUGCUGUAGGAUUGCUCUUGGUUGGUUCUCCCUACAUAUUUUGGCUCCUGACUUACAUUUACACCUGCUUGAAACGCUGCUGUUUUGGUGACAGAAUUGACAACCGCCAGAUUUCCAGGCGGGCCUCAAGGGCCCCCACGAUGGCGAAAUCUGGGGUUGCCAGGACUGAUUCCAGGGCAAAUUCUGCAAUCUCUAAUAACAAUAAUGAUGACAACCAAGCAGGUGGACAUAGCCACCAAAAUGAAGGAGAUGCAUCAUCAUCCAUCAACUCCACAAAGGAAAGUGAGAUGCCUUUAGCCGUAUCAGUUGCUCCAUGA